AUGGCAAGGCCGUUUGACGAGUCGCUGCCAUACCAGCACAUUGGGAGCAGCAUGUCCUCUCAAACAUCUCUAGCUGGCGACCGGGCAUGGAAGACGUCCGCAGAUGGCUCCUACCCAUCAUCAUUAGCAUACGAUGUGGGGCAGUCCAUGAAUCCACCUCGUUUGAUGAAGAAUCCUUCAAAGCGGAGCCAGAAGCCGAAGCUGCCAAAGAUAAAAUCUUCACCCAGUCACGGCGCCUUAGCUGCCGCGAGGGCAAAUCAUGCCAAGCUUCACCGACGAGGAAAUUCGGCUUCCACACAAAGUCCUACUUCUCCAACCUUUAUCCCGGACUACCUAAUGCAAACCGCGAGCCCGGUCAUUCCUGCCAGUGCGCACGCAAACCUAUACUCGACGCCCGAGACGAAAGAGCACAAGAGCAGCAAAGUGAAGGCAAAACCCCUUUUACGGAAAUUUACUUCGCGAGAGCAGGUGUCAAUUGAUUUGUCUCGGUCAGCAGCAGAAAAUGAGGGACUAGGGAUAUACACAUCAUCAGAGAUCAGUGGAGCCCCAGAUUCAGGGUCCGGUCGAAGAGGAGGAUACCAUAACCGCACGACAAGCGCGACCUCACAACUCUCAUCCACAACAACAUCAAGCAACCCUCGCUACGGCGCACAAUAUGUGCAUCCCAUGCGACAGACUCCUCGAUCCUACACACCACCCAUAGCAAGCUCAUACAAAACAUCACUGGAGAGCGACGCGCCAACUGCCAACACUUCGAUCAACACUUCUGUCGAAGCACCGUACUUCGAAUCAGACUCACGUUCAGCAUCACAUACCGCCGGGGCACCAUAUGCCCCGCCACCUUCAUCACGACGACCCACACCUCUUCACAUCCGCACUGGCUCAGCCGCACGCCUAACAAGCUCUUCACAAACCAAUCUACCAGGCACGCCAUCCUCACUUCGGUUUAACACCGACUCGGUCACGCCAUCAGACAUGGUGGGUCCAGCUGGGAGAUCAUCCCUCGAAAGCGCCUUCCGCAUGCGCAGUCGCUCGAACCCUGCAGAUGUUGACCCAGCAGCUCAGAAGGCAAUAGUGGACAUUAAGCGUCAGGAAUUCAACGAGAGAGAAGCUGCAAAGGAACUGAAGUACCAGCAAGCGGAAGCGCGGGCGCAGGAGAAGGAAGCAAGACGACGAGAGAGGAAGGAGGAAGAAGAGCGAAGGACAUCAGAAAAGAGAGAAAGGAAACGAGCGCAGAGCAAUGCUGCGAGUGAGAAGUCAAGUUUUUUGAUUGCAGGGGAGCCGCAUGAAAGCUUUCCUUCGGUGCAAACACUGCGGCAGGAGUUUCCUGUGGCAGCUCAGCCGAUGGGAAGGAAGAGAGGGGAUACGGCCGAGUCGGCAGGGAAGGCGGGCAAAGCGGUGCAUAGUCAGUGGACACUGUUUUGGUUCAGGUUCAAGACUGUGUGGUUGAGGUUGAAGAGGAAAAUGUCGAAGUCGUCCAAUUAA